AACUUUUUGAAAUUGGUCUAUGACAAAUUGCAAAUAAUUUCUAGAUUAGAAAUUACUUUUUUCGAAGAACUGUCUCUAUGUUGCGUGCAACAAAAUAAUACACUUGCUACUUUGUUUGUUGUUGUACACUUUAUCUAUUCUUCUAAGUUUUUUCUUUGUCUUAACAGUAUGUCUAAGAGCGAUAAAGACGAUUACAUAGCAUUUCAUAAACUCACUAAAGGUUUAUUGACUAUUGGCGGUCUAUGGCGUUAUGAAGAUUCGGGUUUCUUUUAUCGUCUUUUGCCGUACAAACAAUUGGCAAUAAGUAUCGGUUUGUCACUGGCAGUAUUGAAUUAUGUUUUUGAAAAUUUUUCAAAUCUUUCUCUUGUCGCUAGAGGUUUAAGUAUUACGACAAGUUUUUUGUCAGCUGCUUUCAAGGUGAUUUGUUUUAUGAUAAGGCGAGAAGAUCUAACGAAUCUUCACAAAACCCUUGAUCCAUAUUUCAACGAAAUGUUGAAGGAUUCAAAAUUAUCAAAAUUUAUUUUAAAAAAAGUAAAUACGUUCCGAUAUAUUUCGCUAGUUUAUGCAGUAUUACUUUCGUUAUGCUCAGUAUUUUAUAUUGUUGCUCCACUAAUCGCAAUAUUCUACUGCCACCAUCACAAAAUUAAUUUGACCAAAUAUCCUCUCAUAUAUCCCACAAGUUAUCCAUGGAAAAUAACUUCUACAGGGCUUGUUUACCAAAUUCAUUAUACUUUUGAAAUACUUGCGUCUUUGACUUUAUUUUUUGUCACAACAAGUGUCGAUUCAUUAUUUACGUUUUAUAUUUUUCAAAUGAUCGGACAGUUACGUGAAAUUUCUUAUUGCAUUACGAAUAUUAAUGACAAAGAUGAUGGAAAAAGUGCAGUAUGUAAAUGUGUUACUCAAUAUGAAAAAAUACUAAAAUGUCGUGAAAUACUUGAAAAAAUUUAUGGGCCAAUUAUUCUUUGGAUCAUGACGACUAAUGCCAUUGUACUUUGUACACUAUUAUUUCAAAUAUCACAGAUGAAAAGUAUAACUGUUAUACAAGGGAUAUUAUUCACUACAUACUUCGUAUUGAAGAUGAUACAGACAUUCAUGUAUGCAUGGAGUGGAUCAUGUUUAAUUGAGGAGAGUGAAGAUUGUAGAGAUUCGGUUUAUGCUGCCAAUUGGUACGGAAAUAAACGUUUCAUGAGUUCUAUUGUUAUAAUGCUAUCGCAACGACCGUUAAUUUUAACCGCAUGCAACUUUUCGGUUGUUUCUGUUAAAAUUUUUGUUAUGAUCCUCAAUACCACAAUAUCAUACUUCUUUUUAUUACAAACUCUUGACGAUCAUGAAUAAACUCAAUAUUAUGAAUAAAUUAAACAGUUUGCAACGUUAAAUUGUAGUAAAAUAAUAAAGAAUAUAUUUCAC